AAAGCCGGCCGGCGCCCGAUACCCAGGGACGAUUCCUGCGCUCUGACGGAGUGCAGUCUCUCCAGUCUGACUGUGCGGUGCUGUGGCCGGCCCUGGCAGGGCUCUGACAGAAAGAAAUGUCCGCCAGACCGGGUUACUAUCGGCAGGAGCUGAACAAGACGGUCUGGGAGGUUCCAGAAAGAUACCAGAACCUGACUCCCGUUGGCUCGGGGGCCUACGGUUCUGUGUGCUCAGCAUAUGAUGUGCGCCUGCGUCAGAAGGUGGCCGUGAAGAAGCUGUCCCGGCCAUUCCAGUCCCUCAUCCACAGCCGGCGCUCCUACAGAGAGCUGCGCCUGCUCAAACACAUGAAACAUGAGAAUGUUAUAGGGCUGCUAGAUGUCUUCUCACCAGCUGUGUCUCUGGAGGACUUCAAUGAAGUCUACCUGGUGACCAAUCUGAUGGGGGCGGACCUCAACAACAUUGUGAAGUUCCAGCGCCUCUCUGACGAGCACGUGCAGUUUCUCAUUUACCAGCUUCUCCGAGGCCUCAAGUACAUUCAUUCAGCGGGACUGAUCCACAGAGACCUGAAGCCAAGCAACGUGGCCGUGAAUGAGGACUGUGAGCUGAGGAUUCUGGACUUUGGGCUAGCCAGACAGACAGAUGACGAGAUGACGGGGUACGUGGCGACUCGCUGGUACCGAGCGCCAGAGAUCAUGCUCAACUGGAUGCACUACAACCAGACAGUGGAUAUCUGGUCAGUGGGAUGCAUCAUGGGAGAGCUACUGAAGGGGAAGGCCCUGUUUCCGGGCACAGACUAUAUCGACCAGCUGAAGAGGAUCAUGGAGGUGGUGGGCACCCCCAGCCCAGAACUGCUGAAGAAAAUCUCCUCUGAACACGCACAGAAAUACAUCCAGUCACUACCCUACAUGCCCCAGCAGGACCUGGAGAAGAUCUUCAGAGGAGCCAAUCCAUUGGCUGUGGACUUGCUGAAGAGGAUGCUAGUGCUGGACUGUGAUGGCCGUGUGACAGCCACCGAGGCUCUCGCACACCCGUACUUCUCCCAGUACCACGACCCCGACGACGAGCCCGAGGCCCCGCCCUAUGACCAGACCCUUGAGAGCAAGGACCGCACCCUGGAGGAGUGGAAGGAGUUGGUGUUUGAAGAAGUGAACAGUUUCAAGCCCCCCAGCAGCAAGAAGGACAGCCUUCAGGUGGAACAAUGAGGCAAAACCCCACCCCCUUUUGCUCAUGCCCACCCACUCCUGGGGGGACCACCCCCUGUGUCUGUCUGUCAGUCAGUGUUUGUGGGGGGGGGGGGGGGGGGGCGUCUUGAGAGAGACUGCCAGCCAAAUGGAGAAGACUCCUUGUUCCCUUGGCAUGACCCCCCCUCCUUUGUUUGUAUGUCUGUCCAACCAUCCAGCGAGAGAGGGUAAAAGGGGGGGGGCCCGUGUUUGACUGUGCAAGACCUUCAGCUGUUCUUUGAGGAUGUACGUUAUCAGGGGGAUAUGUUUUAAAGUAGAACUGUUUCGGUCUGUCGUCUUCGUCAGCCAGAGGGUGAAGAAGUGGUAGCAGCAAGUUUUCCCCCCGACUCAACAAUGUAAGUUCUGCCUCAAUACGGAUAAACUGAUGCAUUAUUUCUGUUGUUGGUUUUCCUUUCACCCUGCAGGGCAGUGCUCUAGCAACACCUCUUGACUCAAGAUGGGCUGCUAAGGUGCGCUAGCCACUUGGAGCCUUCUCUUACCACACAGUAAUGCGGGUUCAAUAAAGGGGGUGUGGGGAGGUGUGACAGAAAGAUACUAGGGGGCAGGGCUUGGGAGCUAAAGGUGGGAUCAGUCUGUUUUUUUUUUUUUCAAAUGGAGUCAAGUGUCCAGCAUCAGAUAUUUGCAGGAGGUCAAAACUCACAGAGUAUUGACAGGAAACAUCAAUCAGAGAUAUGCUUGUCGAGCAGGUUAGAGUGCUCCAGCAUGGUAGACUAAUCUCUUCCCUUGGGCUGAAGAGUUGUCAAGGCCUGCGGUGUCUCAGGCCUGAACGUGCUCUGUAUCCCUCUCUCCCUCUUCGGUCCCUCACCGUGUUUUUUGCAUGUCUUUGAUAAAACGCACUCUCUCCUCCCUCUAAAACACUGCGGUGGUCGAGUCAGUUCGCAUGUUCCCUCUUCUUCUUCCAAAGUCAAUAAAACCAAACUUCCACACCACUGAAAUAAUUGUCUUUGUGCUGGUUUAAUUCUUUUUGCAGUUUAUCAUAUCUUUUAUAUCUGCGUGUGUUGUUGUUUUUUUUUUUUAUGAAGCCUUACGGUUGUGUCACUGUGUCUGAAAUUAGGAUAUCAUAAUGCUGAGGUCAUAGUUUAUGAAAACAAUAGAGCAAAUUAGUACUAGUCUGUACAUGAAAAUAUAUUCAUAUUUCAUUGAUAGCUUUGGAAGUGAAUAUUA